GAAGAACCAAUUCUGAAGCAUAAGUUUGAAGGACACAAGGAUGCAAUUUGGAGCGGUGUUUUCUUGCAUGACAACAUCCACAUCGUGAGUGGUUCAGUGGACGGCACUAUGCGCAAGUGGAAUUGCGACACGGGAAUUGCUGUCGGGAAACCAUGGAAAGGUGGGGGAGGGUGUAUAUAUGCACUGGCGCUUUCACCGGAUGGGAAGAUAAUUGCGUGUGGGAGGGAGGACGGAAGCGUUCAGCGGUGGACUACUGAUGGUGAGAUGACUGAAGGGGUUUGGACGGGUCAUAACGAGGUAGUGUGGUCGCUCUCGUGGUCACCCAGCGGAAGUCAUAUUGCCAGCGCGUCCGAUGAUGGGAUAAUCCUGAUUCAAAAUGCAGAAAGUGGAAAAGUCGAGGUGGGCCCAAUCGAAACGGAGCAAGGCGGUGUGUGCGCUCUUGCAUACUCGCCUUCGGGUGAGAGAAUUACAUCAGGCGGGGACAAUACAAUAUGCAUCUGGAACACGAAGACCGGCGAGCUUGUCGUUGGCCCCAUUCAUGACCCAGGGAAGUUUUAUGUGUCGUCUUUGGUGUGGUCGUUGGACGGCGCUAAACUCUAUUUCGCAUCCGACGAAUUUGCACGUGUUUUCGACAGCACAUCGGCCAAACUGCUUCAUUCCUUCGAGCACAACAGUCACUUGAAUUCGGUCGCACUUUCUCCCAAAGACAAUGUCCUGGCGUGCGUGGGCAUCAAUGGUGUCGCACAACUAUGGGACAUAGAGUCCCACCAGCCACUCGGCAAGCCAUUUCACCAGAAUCGUGACACCCUUUGCUAUGUGUCGUUCUCCCGAGACGGGAGUCAUCUAGUAUAUGGUGGAGAUGACGGGGAACUCACCUUAUGGAUGCUCAAAAAUAUAGCUCCUCAGCGUCCAGCACCCACACCACCCCAACAAAGUGAUCGCCCGCCGCUACGGAUUUGGAGCAUACCAGCAACUCACUCUGAUCGGGGGUUUCCACACUUUGCCUCUUGAUUCAAUCAAAGACCAGAGGUGACUCCAGAACAGUGAUUUCACUUGCGGCAAUUGGUAAAUCUCAGGAGUCAGGAAGAGGUUGUUCUUUCUUGUCGCAUCUUUUAUCAGCAAGUUCAUAAUCUCGAAGUCGUCCUGACUCAUUUCACAAUGAAACAUGAUCAUCUCCACACCUGCCAAUAGCACGUUGGCUUCGUCUAGUGUUGCCGCAGUCCGGCUCUGAACCUCGGUCGAACCUGAAUCUUCCCGAACCGAACCUCGAGCGUCUUCGAAGUUUUGGCAGGUGUAUGUCGGAAAUCUCUCGAUCGCACGGCUUGGACAAAAAGUAAGA